AUUAUUAUUAUUAUUAUUAUUAUAGACUGAUGUGUUUUAAAUGUGGUACCAUAGUGGACAGUUAGCAUUUUCCCAUUAUAAACAGGCUUUCUUAGUACACCAGAAAUAAGCAGUUCGUUAGCUUAGCUAGCAGGCCAAUAAAUAGCUUCACAACACAGGUUCAAUUCUGACUCUCAGACGCUUCACUGAUGCGACUUUUAAAGAUAAAGACUCGAUCCAGUGAGGCAGUGAGUUAUUUUUAUGUAGAGCAGUUAGCUAUGCUAAUUUUCUUCUGUACUGUCCUAUAGCAUCAGAAGCUAGCGUUAGCUUAGUGAGCAGACUAAACAACACACCACAACACAGGUUAGAUGUAUGCGGGUGUGGAGGAUAAAGUGAGUGGCUGGUACUGGGAGUGACAGAAUCUGACCUGCUCUGUGGUGUGUCUGCUACAUCUCAUCUGUUCAGUCUGUUCAAAUAGGGCUGUAUUCUCCAUUUGUCAAAGGUAAAAGCACAGCAUGCCAGGUAGCGAAUGGGAAUAAGCGGAGCUUGGAAACUGGGAGGUAAGGGGGUGUUCAUAUUUUUGCAUAAUCAUGCACAAUCAUGUUUGAGUGUUAAGAUGUAGGGAUGCCUCUAUGCCAUUUUUAGUAGUUACCAGGACAUAAUAAUACGCAAGUGUAUGUAACAAUUUAUUAUUCAACACCAGAUUAUUUUUUUAAAUUAUGACUUUAGGGGGACUAAAAUCAGGGCCGUAACUAGGAUCAGAAUUUGAGUGAGGUCCAUUUUGCAUUUUGCAUUUCAUAGGGAAUAAACUAACUGCCAAAUAUGAGUAUUACACCAGCUGUAAGUUUCUCCUUUAGGUUUGUCUUUUUUUAACCAAAUCAUUGCUCUUUUUACCCAUCCAUAACUGUUAUGCACCUUUUCCUUCCAGUUGUUCCUUCCCCAUCCCUCCAUUCUUCUGUGCUAUUACUCUUGCAUAAACUGAUUUGAUUCCAGUUAUCCUGUUUAUUUAAUUAAUCAGAUAACUAUUAUUUUAACUAUUAUUUUAACUAUUAUUAUAACUAUUAAUUUGUAUGUUUAUUUUGAAAAAUUAAUUUGAAAGCUAAUUGCUCAAAAUGAUUUUAUUUCAUUUACUUUUCUCUUUCUCUCUACCGCAUGUCUGUCUUCACUGAUUACUGUAAAAGCACACAAUAAACAUAUGUUAUAAAAGGCUGUCUGUAGCAAACCCGGGAACAGGAAAGGCAGCUACUCAUACAGUUAAUGAGACAAAAUACAGUCUAAUGUACCUGCUGAUUUCUAAAUAAUGUCAGCUACAUGAUACUUUACCUUCAAUAUGCUGGUUAUAGUGUGAGUAUGAGUAGGUAACAAAAUAUAGUUUUAAUUUCUCAUCUAAUUACUAAUAUUGCCUACUAUGGAGCCUGUAGCCUAAACUGAGCAGCUACUGGAGCUAGACUAAAAUGUGAGGUCCGGAGAGGUAUGGAGAGGGAGUCGAAACAGCAACAUAGUCCCCAAAGAACUUGUGUUUUUUUAAGAAUGACUACUAUUUUACCAAUCUGAGCAUUAUCUAAUAAAGUUCAUGUGUAGGUUCACUGGUUGUUUUGGAAAGUAAAUAAAAUGCCUGUAUUUGUGCUGCAGUUGUAUUUGCCUAAGCUUGACCUAAACUUUAGCCCAAUAUCUAAAGCUAAUCCCAUACCUGACAUUAUUUCUUAACACUAUACAUAAUUAACUGAGUUUCACCAGAUAAUUUAUUAACAAUUCUAGCAUCUGUGAAAGUAUGACCGAAACGUCUGCUAGGUUCCCAGACAUCAUUUGUGUUUGGAGGGGGCCCAAACUUUUGCAGAAGACCAAUUUAGUUGGCCUUGAAAAGUUUUUCCUGUAGAACUCUAAAAUUCACACUCAGUCGGUCACAGACUGAUAGAAUUAUGCAAAGAUUUUGGAAUGUGAUGAUUUGAUGAUGUGAUGUUAUGAAAUUUACUGGAAUUUAUAGCAUCUAAUACUAAUGAUAUACUAAUAAUAAUCUUUCAGUCACACGUGAAGGACUACAAGUGGUCUGCACCAGCAAACUUCCAAGGAGGGGUCCACUCAACUUGUGUUGUUGCUGACGUGCCGUGUCUUCCACCCUCAGAUUAGAAUGGCAGUUGAUGGCACUGUGGAGGUUUUCAGAGAUAAGGCACCUGACGCAGUUAAACAGGCCCUGUGGAAAGAUACACUUAACCUAAGAGAUGAGGUCAUUCACCUGCAGCAUGUAAACCAGUGUCUGACCCACUCUGAGAACACAGUGAGACAGCUGCAGCUGGAGAACAGCCGGCUGCGUAACAUGGAGUCAGCUCUGCUGGAGCGGACACAGGUGGCUGAGUGGGCACUAAGACUGGCCACAGAGAGUCGCCGUCAGAAAGAUAAAGAGAUCCUGCAGCUGAGGGAGCAAAACCAGGCUCUAGUCCACACUGUGCAACAACUGCGCCGACACUGCUGGGAGAAACACUGCUGCCAUCUGGACUACAGUCAGAGCAGAGCUAAGGAUUUAACAAAGGACAAAACUGUGGCCCAUCAGCCAACAUCACACUGCAGUGAGAAAAAUGAAGCUAAUCCAUGGCCAAACCGUGAUGAGAAAGGCUUCGCUCUGAACUGUGAGCAAACAAAGAGAGUGAUGGAUAGAACGGGUGAUGAAGACCCCGACCUGCACGCUCAGUUUAAAGACAGAAAAGCUUAUGUGAGGUUUACCACUUCAAGAGUGGACCAAUAACUCACAUUAGGUUUUUGAGGUGCCUGAACUUUAAUCCAUUGA